AUGGCUCAUAAAUCCGUCCGAACUUACGCCGAGGCCCUCAAGUUGGUGGAAAAGUGGCCCAAAGAUCCCACCAAAACCGGAAGUGACUUGGGCGAGCAUUUGCGGACAUUGGUGAAAGCGGCCUUCCCCACGGGUCCCACUUCACCUCGAGCCAACGACCACACCGCACGUCAAUUGGCCUUUUAUCGGCAAUUAGCCGAGAACACCUUCGAGCAGGCCAAUCCCCGCCUUUUCCGUCAAGCCACUUUCACCAAAGUGAGCGAGGCCGACCUGCGGGACAUCACCACCGUCGGAAACUUUGAGAAAAUCUCAGCCACGCUCAGCGCACAGAAAUUGUGGCAACGGAUCUCGUGGAAAUAA